CCACAGAUGAAACAGGAAGAGAUGAGUUCAGAAGACAACAUAUCCACAGUGAAGCAGUUUGUCCUUCUUGGAUUCUCUGAUCUUUCCAACCUUCAAGGGUUCCUAUCUGGAGCAUUCUCCAUCAUUUAUAUAGUUAUCUUGGUUGGAAAUUGCCUCAUAAUAGUUAUAACCAGAGUUGAUACUGCAUUACAGAAACCCAUGUAUUUUUUCUUGGCAAAUUUUUCUUCUCUGGAAAUCUGUUAUGUGUCAGUCAUUGUCCCUAGGAUUCUGUUCAACAUUUGGACUCAGCAUAGAGGUAUUUCUAUGCUGGGCUGUGCUGUCCAAAUGUGCUUUUUUCUUAUGUUUGGAACCACUGAAUCUUUUUUGCUUGCUGUGAUGUCCUAUGACCGCUACGUGGCCAUCUGCAACCCUUUGCAGUAUCCUCUAGUCAUGAACCCAGCAAAGUACUUUCAGCUAGCAGCAGGCUCCUGGCUUGUAGGUAUUCCAAUUCAGGUAGGGCAAACCUGUCAGAUAUUCUCCCAGGAUUUCUGUCAUUCUAACAAAAUAGAGCACUUCUUCUGUGAUAUACCCCCCAUUCUCAAAUUAGCCUGUGGGGACACUGCUGGGCAUGAGCUGUCUGUCUAUGUGGUAGUUGUACUGGUGGCAGCAUUCCCUUUCAUGUUGGUACUUGCUUCUUACAGCAAAAUCAUUGCCACAAUUUUGAGGUUGCCGACAGCUCAAGGACGGGCAAAAGCCUUCUCCACGUGUUCUUCCCACCUGCUGGUGGUGGUCUUGUUUUACGGAUCUGCCUCUAUUACCUACCUAAGGCCAAAGUCCACCCACUCUGCAGGAACUGACAAAGUGCUUUCUCUCUUUUAUACUAUUGUGACUCCCAUGUUCAACCCAAUAAUAUACAGCCUUAGGAAUAAGGAUGUGAUUGCUGCCCUGAAAAAAUUAAUAUUGAAGAAAUAG